GAAAUCACCGGGACCAUGAGGGCGACCCUUGCGUUCCUCCUCCCGCUGGCGCUGGCGCUGGCGGCGAGCGGGCAGCGCCGCAAACCGCCCCGCCGGCCCACCCGGCCUCCCUUGCCCUUCGAGGAGCCCGUGGAGCCCACAGAGCUGCCCCCUCCCCUCCCUCCGGGCCCCCCGUCCGUGUUCCCCGACUGCCCGCGCGAGUGCUACUGCCCGCCCGACUUCCCGUCGGCGCUGUACUGCGACAGCCGCAACCUGCGCACGGUGCCCGUCAUCCCCGCGCGCAUCCACUACCUGUACCUGCAGAACAACUUCAUCGCCGACCUGCCCGAGGAGUCCUUCCGCAACGCCACCGGCCUCAAGUGGGUCAACCUGGACAACAACCGCAUCCGCAAGGUGGACAGGAAGGUGCUGGAGAAGCUGGAGAACCUCAUCUUCCUCUACAUGGAGAGGAACCAGCUGAAGGAGGUGCCCGCCUUCCUGCCGCCCAACCUGGAGCAGCUGAGGCUCAGCAGGAAUCAGAUCUCCAAGAUCCCUCCCGGGGUCUACAAGCUGGAGAACCUGGUGCUGCUGGACCUGCACCACAACAAGCUGAGCGACGGCGUCUUCAACAAGAACACCUUCAAGGGGCUCAAGAACCUCAUGCAGCUCAACCUGGCACACAACAUCCUGAGGAAGAUGCCCCCCGGCGUGCCCAGCGCCAUCCACCAGCUCUUCCUGGACAGGAACAACAUCGAGGACAUCCCCAGCGAUUAUUUCAAGGAGUUUCCCAACCUGGCUUUCAUCCGGCUCAACUACAACCAGAUCUCGGACAAGGGGCUGCCCAAAAAUUCCUUCAACCUCACCAACCUGCUGGUGCUGCACCUGGCCCACAACAAGCUCACCAACGUGCCCUUCAUCAGCCCCAAGCUGGAGCACCUCUACCUGAACAACAACUCCAUCGAGAAAAUCAACGGCACCCAGAUCUGCCCCACCUCGCUGGUGUCCGUCCAGGAUUUCUCUCCCUCGGAUCUGGACAGCGUGCCCCGGCUGCGCUACCUGCGGCUGGACGGGAACCUGCUGAAGCCGCCCAUCCCUCUGGACCUGAUGCUGUGUUUCCGCCUGCUGCAGUCCGUGGUGUUUUAGCCUCGCCCCGCCUCUCCCAGGCUUUGCUCGGACAUUUCAGACACGUGGGACCCUCUCUCCUCCCUCUCUCCCCCUGCUCUCUCCUCGCCUCCAUCCCUCUCCUCGUUUUCCCCUUUUCCUGCCCUGCGGGGACAGCGGUGGCUCCUUGGGGACCGCGCUGUGCCGUGUCGCAGCUCGCUGUCCUUGUCCCCCGGCCCUUGUCCCCGGUUCCGUCUCUCCCUCGGUGCCCCGCAGGUUUUGGGCUCGGUCCGGAUGGAGCCGCUGGGCUCGGGGUGUGUGCAGCACCAAGAAACAUUCCCGGUGGGUUUUGGAGCUGGGAUGGGAUGAGCAGGGGCUGAGGGUGGUGGGAUGUGUAGAAGUCAGGGAGGAUGGACAAUCAGGCCAUCGCAGGGGAUGGGGACGCUCCUGUCGCCCUUCUGGAGAGCUUUGGCUCCACGUUUCUCCAGAGGAGGAGGAUCUAAAUCCCGUCUGGAGCUGUGCAUGUGCAGGGAUGGAGCAGGGAGGGUUCCCUGCCCCUGUGUGGGGGGGAACACCUUCCCACACCCCCUGGGCAGGAGCAGACCCUGCCCGGCUUCAAAUCCCCAUCCUAGAACCGACCCAUGGGGACACAGCCCCAUCCCAAAAUCCUGAUUUCUUCCCUGUAAAAUCUGGGACCAAGGACCACAUCCAUGGGAUCACAGCCCCAUCCCAAGAUCCUGAAUUCUUCACAGCCCCAUCUCAAAAUCCUGCAUCUUUCCCUGUAAAAUCUUUGGAUGUAGAACCACACCCCUGGGGCCGCAGCCCCGUUCCAGUGUCCUGCAUCCUUCCCUCUAAAAUCUGGGAGCAAGGACCACAUCCAUGGGAUCACAGUCCCAUCUUAAAAUCCUGAAUCCUUCUCUCUAAGCUGGAGGGACACAGGACCACAUAAACGGGGUCACAGCCCCAUCCCAAAAUCCUGAAUCCUUCCCUGUAAAAUCUCGGAUCAAGGGCCACAUCCAUGGGACCAACAGCCCCAUCCCAGCAUCCUGCAUCAUUCCCUGCAAAAUCUGAGGAUGCCAGGACACAUCUGUGGGAUCACAGCCCCAUCCCAAAAUCCUGAAUCCUUCCCUCUAAAAUCUUUGGAUGUAGAACCACAUCCAUGGGGCCACAGCCCCAUCCCAAAAUCCUGAAUCCUUCCCUCUAAAAUCUGGGAUCAAGGACCACAUCCAUGGGAUCACAGCCCCUUCCCAAAAUCCUGAAUUCUUCACAGCCCAUCCCAAAAUCCUGAAUCCUUCCCUCUUAACUGGAGGGAUACAGGACCACAUAAAAGGGGUCACAGCCCCAUCCCAAAAUCCUGCACCCACAUCCAUGGGGUCACAGCCCCAUCCCAAAAUCCUGCAUCAUUCCCUGUAAAAUCAGAUCUGUGGGGUCACAUCCCCAUCCCAAAAUCCUGCAUCAUUCCCUGUAAAAUCAGAUCUGUGGGGUCACAUCCCCAUCCCAAAAUCCUGCAUCGUUCCCUGUAAAAUCAGAUCUGUGGGGUCACAUCCCCAUGCCAAAAUCCUGCCCCCUUCCCUCUGAGAUCUGAGGCUCCAGGGCCACAUCCACGGCUCAGUUUCUCUCUGGAGCCAAUCACACAUGGCUGGGCUUUGCCUUGGUUUUUUUUUUUUUUUUAUUUUUUUUUUAAAUUAGAAAUAAAAGGAAGGGAGAAGAAAAGGGAAGAAUCAUCCUUUGGAAGGGCUAUUUUUAUCCCUGCUCUUCCCCAUCCCCACAUGUAUCUCUUCCCCCUCUAUAGCUGUACCUGCAUUUAUUGGGUCUCCGGGUUUAGGGGGGAUUAUUCUCUUCUUUUCUUCCCGAGUCUCAGGAUUUGGAUUUAAAGGCCGAGCAUUAGAGAGAGAGGGAAAAAAAAAAAAAAAUCAAAACCCAACUGCAAUGAGCAUUAAAUAAAGAAAAGAAAGCUCCUUUUGUGCCCAGCCUGCAGAACUGACCCUGCCCAGGACGGCCACGGACGGGCACCGUGCCCUCCUCCCUGCAGCUGGCACAGGGGUGCUCCCCUUUUCCCAUUAAUUAAAACCUCCUGCUAAUUAAGGAGGGUAAAAUCUCCUUUGCAGCUCUCCCUGCAGUUGGGUGGGGACAGGUUUGAGCCCUAAACCCGGACGGAGCCCCCCUGGAUUUAUGUAUAUUUAUAUCUGAUGUGUAUAUAGACUGGUAGAAUGUACAGAUAUUCCCAACGGCACCCGUGCCUCCCAACCCGGCGACUUUACGGGGUUUUCACUCCCACUCCCUGCAGCAGUGGAAAUAAAAUCAUUCACAAGGGA